AUGCCAAAGGGGGGCAGCAAAAUCGCAUUCUAUGCGGUUGCAAGGGGCCGCACGCCUGGUGUCUACUCUACUUGGGACGAUUGCGAACUUCAAGUGACCGGUUUUCCCGGUGCGCGAUACAAGAAAUUCAAUAACGCCGCAGAUGCAGAGGUCUGGGUAGCAUCCUACGGCUCGGCUUCUGAUCCGUCGGGUAUAUCCUCUGCCCCUGCGCCAUCCAAUGCGCCCCCACAGGCCGCAAAGUCGCACCCCCGCGCGUCAGAGGCAUCGCCCUCGAUGCGAACUACCAGUCGCAAGAAGAAUCCAGCAGAAGAGGUACUAGAAGAUGAGACAGGAUGGGCGAUCGUGUACUCGGACGGGGCGUGCAAGGGUAAUGGGAAGGCAGGCUCGAUCGCGGGGGUGGGCGUGUGGUGGGGCCGAGACGACCCGCGGAAUCUCGCGGAGCGGUGUCCUGGCAUGCAGACCAAUAAUCGUGCAGAGCUGAUUGCCAUCAUCCGCGUGCUCGAGACCGCCCCGCGUGAUAAGCAGCCGCUCCUGAUCAAGACCGACUCACAGUACUGCAUAAAUUGCAUCAGGUCGUGGUUGCCAAAAUGGCUCGCCACCGGCUUCAGAUCGUCGUCCGGAGGGGUUGUGAAAAACGAAUUGCUUAUCCGGUACCUCUCCACUCUUCUCGAUCAGCGAGGGCUGGCAGGGCAGAAAGUGUCCCUGCAGUACGUCCGCGGGCACUCGGGGGAGGAAGGAAAUGAGGGCGCGGAUUAUCUCGCGAAUGUGGGCGCAACGAAAUCUGAGGAGCCAGAGCGGGACUGGGAGCUACUCAGGCUAGGCUUGGGCGAUAUCCAGAUCGAGACGACUGGGUCGAAGGCCGCGAAGACUAGCGGGAAGGGAAAGGGGAAAGCGAGGGUGACGGCAGAGGAGGCAGUGUAUGCGGAUAAGGUUCCCCGCAGAACGGCAAAGGUGGCUAGGCGGCCGUCUGCAGACGCACAGACAAAGACGACUGCAAUCGUCGAAUAUCCUGCUAUUCCCGUCUCUCAGAACACGACGGCGAUUGUGAAGGCAGAGCAACGGCCCGCUCCUGUGUCGACCCGCGCGCACUCCAGGGCCGAUACAGACAUGUAUAAAGCAUCCUCUCAAUCGUGUUCUGUCACAGCGACAGCACGCCCAGCAGGCGAAGACAGGGCUGAGGCGGAUAGCCACACCGUAUACGGCGCGGAAGCAGACACCGUUAUGGAUGCUGCAGAACUCGAGGCAUAUGCUGCUGCGAUGUCAACCCCAGCCUCUCAAAAUAUCACGGUUCAUGCUGGGAAGACGUCCCAUCUGUGUGGAACGGAAAGAAUUGUACCUGUGGAAAGACAAGCUGCCGCCGCUCCCGCAGAAGCGAGGGAUGAUAUGGAGAUGGACCCUGCCGAGCUUGAUGCAUACGCUGCCGGGCUGGUGAGUCCAGAAGAGAUUGAGCUGGAAAUGUGGCUGGAGGACUAG